CACGGUUCCGAACGUACGUGUUAUGAAACUGUAUUAAUUUUUUUAUCGAUUUUCAAAGCUAAAUAAUACCAUCAAAAUAGAACCUCCUUGGACAAACUUGAAUAUGCCGCCAAAAAAAGAUGGCGUCGAAACAAAAGAAGGGCAGAAAAAGGCGCGAAAGAAACGAAAAGUGAUAAAGAAAAAAGACGAAUGCCCAAGUAGACUACGUAAAACGGAUCGCGUUGUUUUGAACAGUCAAGCGAGGGACAUAAUAGCCAAAGUAUACGAUUUUAUGAAAAAGGAGGCGAUGGAUGAGUACGCGGAAAAGUUGACCAAUGCUCGAUGGCGAACUGCCACCGCUGCGGGGGUGUCAGAAAAAACUGUUUCGAGAAUAUUGAGGGACAGAAAUAUCAAAAAAGCUGGUUCGGCAGCAGGCAGCAUAGCAGCUGUGGCAGGUGGAAAACUAAAUGCUGUUGCUGAUGUCGGUGCAGCUUUCGGCGAUGUAUUAUCUGGAAACUUUACUGGGGCCGGUCAUAAUGUAGCCGGCGCUCUGGGAAGUGUUGUCGCGGGCGAUACCGCUGGGUUGGCUAUUGCUGCUAGUGGAAUUGCUAACGCAACUGGACAAAUCGUGGGAGCUAAACUACAUACCGCUAAUCAACUUGCUUCUACCGUUGGAAAAGCAGCCGGGCAAGUUGUUGCUGGAAAAGUUGGACUCGUUAAAAACAUCGGCGCUGGCGUAGGAGAAUUGGCUUCAGGCAAUGUCUCUGGAGCGUUGGACAGUUUGGGAAACGCAGCCGGGUCAAUGAUUGCUGGAGACACAGCUGCCAUAAAUACAUUAGCGAGCGGUAGUCUCGGAGCGUUCUUUGACCGAUAACUUACUACAGUAAGUUUUGACCACAGAUGUCGCUGCUGACACGUAACUGCAGAACAACUUGUAUGAAAAUAAAACGAAAAAUAUUUUCUAGUUUUAUGUUUUACUUUCAGUUUUCAUUUUGUAAAUAAACGUUAUUUUCCUAAUUUUAUUAUUUUA